AUGUCGCUCCUCUCGGCGCACUUUGAGCAGAUCGCCAUAUCGUGUCAAGGCAUAGACAGUCUCCCGUUCCCGCCCCCCAAGAUCUUCGCCAACGCGCUGCUCUCGAACCACGACAUCACCUCGCUGAUCCGAGACACCGAGGCGCAUGAACGCGCCCUGUUCUCCGUCCCACCGCCUCCCCCGCCCGCCACGUCGCAGAACCCGGACCCGCCCAAGGAGUCCUCACGACGCCAGACCGUCUUCAACGUUGCAUCGGGAGAGGUGACAACCUCGGGCCCCAGCGCCGCCAGGAAUGCCGGUGCGCCGCGGCGCCACACGGCUGUCGCUGCCGUGCUCGGCGGCGAUCUGCACGACCAGAUCCGCAAGAGCGAAAGGGGCCGAAACAAGGACCACGUCGACGUCGAGAUCUUGCUCAGGGGCGCCGAGAAGCUGUGCGGCGUCUACCCCCUGCCCGGCGCCCUCGAGCGCAUACCCAUGCAGCGGGCCAAGUACUCGCAGCACCUCAACACACUGGCAUACUACGAAGCCAGGGUGGCGGACCAGGUCGAGGCGCUGGGCCGCAUGAACAAAGACAUGUGGAGCGAGGACGAGGAAGACGAAGGCGAAGACGAGGAGCUCGACGAGAGCGAGAUCCUGACGGAAGACGACCUGCGCAGGGAAGAGGAGGAGGUCCGGGAACUGGACAAGAAGAAGAGGGAGCUACAGGCGAGGUUGCGCGCCAUGGAAAAAGACCUCGGCGGCCUGCUCCAUAUGUGA